UCAUAAAUGUAGUAACAAAGAGCAACAUUCUGAUAAAAAAUAACGAAGUCACUAAAUUUUUCUAAAAUAUUUAAAUUUUCACAACUUCAUUGAAUAUUAUGACUACAAUCAUUUUAUUAGUGAUUUUUUUUAAUAAUUUACGAGAGCGACGGAUGGAUACUUGCAAAGUUUAAAUCAGAAAGUUGCUCUGUAACGGAUUUAAUUCACCUAAACUUGGCGGUGGCGCCAUCUACCGGAUGACGUAUCAACUCUCUUGUGCUAACUCAUUCAAUUCUUUGGAGGCUUAACAGCAUGAAUCAUUUUUUUUAACAGGAUUAAAACUAAAAGUAGAAUUAAAAGCAUUUCCUAGUUGAGCACGAUUUGCUAAUGAAAUGUACAUAGAUUAACAAUCUUGUUUAUCCUCGGUGGUGUCGUUAGGACGCACCCUGGCACACAUUAAUUAGUCUAAUGAAUUUACUGGGUAUUGGAUAUCUUUCACCCCGCUCACAACGACUGUAAAACUUAAUUUUUUUCUAUGACACCUGGUACGAUAUGAGUAAGGUUUGCGCUUUUAUUUUUAGGGCGCGCACCUUCUCUUGUUUGAUAUUCGGAGUUUUUCUCCUCAUUCGUGGAACGAGCGUCUAGGCGGUGCUUUGUUUCCACAAGUGGUAUUUCACUUUAAAUCGCAUUUUCUCAGGUCGACAUGGAUGUCGAGGCACCAAAGAAGCGCUCGCGAAAGUUAUCGAAGAAGGACCGCAAGCGUAUGAGUAAUUAUUUUACGGAGUAUUGCGACGCGACGAGUAUUCACGGCUUUCGCUACCUUGGGGAACAAAAGAGGAGCUGCUUGGAAAAAUUAUGGUGGUUCGUCACGAUUUUUGUUUCGGUAUGUAUUUGCACGUAUUUGAUCGUACAGACCUACCACAAGUGGGACCGAUCACCAGUUAUCGUGAGUUUCGCCACCAAGCAAACGCCAAUUUGGCAAAUUCCUUUCCCUGCCGUCACGAUUUGCCCGGAAACCAAGAGCCGACAGAGUGUUUUCAACUUCACCGAGUCCUACCUGAAAGACUUCGACACACUCAAUGCCAAGGAACGUAUGGAAUUAGAGCACAUUUCAAUGAUUUGUAAACCUCGCAAACUUCUAAAAUCGAAGAAAUUGAAGAGUAUGCAAGUGAAUGAAAGCAUCUUGAACUUUUUCGAUGAGAUAGCUCCGGGGAUCGCUAAUAUGACAAUCAAAUUCGUUUGGAUGGGCGAAAAAAUCGAUUAUUCCGCGGUGUUUACACCAAUUCUAACUGAUACUGGUAUAUGCUAUACAUUUAAUAUGUUGGACCGCAGGGAGCUGUUUAAUCCAGUGAUCAAACCGUUCAAGAAUUACCUACACCAUGAUAGGUCCGCCCAGGGGCAUUGGUCACUUGAAAACGGUUAUUCUAAAGAUGAGGAGAAAGACACGUUCCCGCGGCGCGCUUUGUUUUCGGGAGCUAAGAACGGAAUGGAUAUUACUCUGGUGACCUAUGAUAAGGAUGUAGACUAUAUAUGCGGGGAUGCUCUACAGGGUUACAAGAUUUUAUUACAUCAUCCUGCUGAGAUACCCAGAGUAAGCCAGCAGUAUUUCUGGGCACCGCUUAAUCAAGCAGUGAUUGCAGCGAUCAAACCGGACAUGAUGACCACCUCUGAUGAAUUGCGCACAUAUCCGCCUAAUAAACGUCAGUGUUACUUCCCUUCCGAACACAGUCUGCGAUUUUUUACAGUUUACACCCAACAAAACUGUGAAAUCGAAUGUUUAGCCAACUACACCUAUCAACUGUGUGGAUGUGUAGCUUUCUACAUGCCUAGAGCAGCAGAUACACCAAUCUGUGGACCAGGUAAUCUACUAUGCAUGAAGCAAGCAGAGACAAAAUUACUAAGCGGUGAGAUAGACAUACGCUUGAAAGAGCUCAAAGAAGAACAACAAAACAACACCGAACCAUUCCAAGGACUUAUGAAGGGUAUCGAAGGCAUCACGACGAAAAUAAGCGAGAUAGGCGGUAAGCCGGCGGAAUCCAAACCCAAAGCAGAGAAACGCACCGAUCAAUCCAAUUGCAAAUGUUUACAAUCGUGCACGUCGCUGAGUUACAGCGUGGAGACUUCGCAAUCCGAUUGGGAUUGGGUGCAACAUUACAUUGGCUUGAAUGACCCGUACGGAUUUGUCGCGGCGAACGUGAAAAACGGCACGCGCCUCGCGCACUUAUCGCGGAUUGUUUUAUUUUUCAAGGAUAUGCAGUUUAUCGCAUCCGAGCGCGACGAGCUCUACGGGCAUAUUGAUUUCUUAGCCAAUUGUGGCGGUUUGCUGGGUCUUUUCACAGGAUUUUCAUUUAUUUCACUUGUUGAGGUGAUUUAUUUCUUGUCGUUGAGACUUCUAUGCAACAUGAAGAACAAGGCAAAGAAACGCUUAAAUGGCGAGUAAAUUUAAUUUAGCGGUUUCAGACACUACAAAUCACGAAUGAUCACAAAUUGAAUGUUAAUAUGUAACACUUUCGUUUUUACACCAUCGCAUAACUUGAAUUGUAAUUCUGAUUGAAUAAAGGCGAAUAGUAGUGUUGUGUGAUUUGCACCUUAUCGGAAUAUAAA